AUGCCGAUUAAGAGCCUCACGAGGCAUCAAAAACAACCUUGGAAGGCCAGUACUGCUUAUUAUAUAAAUAACUUCCGAUACCCAUGGGAUAACCUGACAAGCCCCUGCUAUUACCAAAGGGGAGAUUUUAACAUGACAUUCACUGGUCUUGUCUAUCAACUACCAUUGUUCGAGCCUCCAAAUUCAACCAGCCAACGAGCCAGAAUCGACCGUGCCGACGAGCCAGAAUCGACCGAGCCUACAAGCCAGUAUUGCCGUGCCGUACGAGCCUGA